GCGGUCAGUCCAAGUCCAAGUCCAAGUCCAGUCAGUCAGCAGCCGAGCUCUCCCCCGGCCUUCACCCUCCGCCUCCCCCUCAACACCACCGCCGGCGUCCGUCCCUCCCUCCCCGUCGCCGGACUCCUUCAAACCGCAAUGACAUCCCGGAGGUGGUUCCACCCCAAUAUCACUGGGAUUGAAGCGGAGCAGCUGUUAUUGACCAGAGGGGUUCAUGGGAGUUUCCUAGCUCGACCUAGUAAAAGUAAUCCUGGGGACUUCACUUUAUCAGUCAGGCGUAUCAAUGAAGUGACGCAUAUCAAAAUCCAAAACACUGGCGACUAUUAUGACUUGUAUGGAGGAGAGAAGUUUGCUACAUUGGCGGAAUUAGUUCAGUAUUACACAGAGCAGCAAGGUUUACUACGAGAAAAGAAUGGAGACAAAAUUGAAUUAAAGUAUCCUCUGAACUGCAAGGACCCCACAUCUGAAAGGUGGUAUCAUGGACAUCUGUCAGGGAAAGAUGCGGAAAAACUCCUAACAGAUAAAGGAAAACCUGGGAGUUUCCUUGUACGUGAAAGUCUCAGCAAACCAGGUGAUUUUGUCCUGUCAGUGUUAACGAAUGAAGAAAAGUUUGAAAAUGGAGACCGAAAAGCAAAGGUUACACAUGUGAUGAUUCGAUGUCAGGAUGCAAAGUAUGAUGUUGGUGGAGGUGAGAGGUUUGACACACUUACAGACCUUGUGGAGCACUACAAGAAAAACCCAAUGGUAGAAGUCUCAGGAAUUGUAGUGCACCUUAAACAGCCAUUUAAUGCCACAAGGAUAAAUGCUGCAAACAUAGAAAAUCGUGUGAAGGAGCUAAAUAAGACAGCAGACAACACCGAAAAGGCAAAGCAAGGCUUUUGGGAGGAAUUUGAGCUGCUCCAGCAACAAGAAUAUAAACUGUUAUACAGUAGAAAGGAGGGACAGAGAGCAGAAAACAAAAGCAAGAACAGAUACAAGAAUAUUUUGCCUUUUGACAAUACUCGAGUCACGCUGAAGGAAAUUGAUGAGACAACAUUAGGUUCAGAUUAUAUCAAUGCUAAUUAUAUCACAAAUGGAGAAAGUGGGGAUGACUGCAAAGAAUAUAUUGCCACCCAAGGCUGCCUCCAGAACACCAUCAAUGAUUUUUGGAAAAUGGUUUAUCAGGAAAAUACCCAUGUUAUUGUAAUGACAACUAAAGAAGUGGAAAGAGGAAGGAACAAAUGUUUCCGCUAUUGGCCAGAUGAAGAAGCAUCAAAAGACUACGGCGCAAUAUUAGUACGAAAUUUGGAAGAACGUAGGGCACAGGAUUACAUUGUACGGGAACUGGAGGUUAUACAAACUGAUCGGAAUGAACCAUCUAGGCACAUAUGGCAUUAUCAGUAUCUCAGCUGGCCAGACCACGGGGUACCCAAUGAACCAGGAGGAGUGCUGAGUUUUCUGGACCAAGUAAACCGAACACAACAAAGCAUUCCAGAUACAGGCCCUAUUAUAGUGCACUGCAGUGCUGGAAUUGGAAGAACAGGAACCAUAAUUGUUGUAGACAUCCUAGUCAAUGACAUUAGCAGACAAGGUUUGGACUGUGACAUAGACGUCCCUAAAACCAUUCAAAUGGUUCGAAAGCAGAGGUCAGGAAUGGUACAAACGGAAGCUCAGUAUAAGUUCAUAUAUAUGGCUGUACAGCAGUAUAGAACUGUUCAAAAAAGACUAGUGGAAGAACAAAAAAACAAAACUGAGAGAGAAUAUUCAAAUAUCCGUUACCUACCUAUAGAGAAGUCUAAAUCCAAAGCACACACCGCCACAUCUCGGACAUCCUCAAUGUUGAAAGAAGACGCCUGUCUUUAUGAGAAUUUAAACAUCAAAAAUCCCAUCGUCAGGAAGCAGCAACACAAAGAGAUGAAGGCACCAAGUGUAGAACAAUUGAAUUUAUUUCUGUUUACAUACAGCUCCUGCCUGCAUCUACAAUGAGAAUUGUUCUAUUCCAAUUUACCCUUGGAUCCCAGUGAAGCAUAAUUCUACAAAUCAGAUGCCUAAAGAAAAUGCCUUAUAAAGACUCUAAUUUAUUAAUAAGAAAAAUAUA